AUGGCUGCCGAGGUGAAUCCCAGUCAGUGGUACACCUGCAGAAAAACACAAUGGCUGAAUCAGCACUGCUCAAGAACAUUUUCCUCAUUGCCUCCACCACCCUCACCACAGGGUGAGCCGAAGAAGUCUGGGCCUGUGACAUGGAAAUCUUUAGCAAUAACGUUUGCUAUUGGAGGAACUCUGCUGGGAGGAAUGAAAUAUUUCAAAAAAGAAAAGGAAGAAAUGAUUGAAAAAGAGAGGAACAAAUCAAUAGGUAAACCGGCGCUGGGCGGUCCGUUCUCGCUCACUGAUCACAACAACAAGCCCACCAAGAGUGAGGACUUCCUGGGCCAGUGGGUCCUCAUCUAUUUCGGGUUCACUCACUGCCCGGACAUCUGCCCGGAUGAAUUAGAGAAAAUGAUCGAAGUAGUGGAUGAAAUAGAUAACAUAAAGUCUCUUCCAAACCUGACGCCUCUCCUCAUCACCAUCGAUCCUGACAGAGACACACCAGAGGCCAUGGCUGCGUAUGUGAAAGAGUUUUCCCCGAAGCUGAUCGGCCUGACAGGGACAAUAGCUGACAUUGAGCAGGUUUCCAGAUCGUACAGAGUCUAUUACAGUCAGGGACCAAAGGACGAAGACAAUGACUACAUUGUCGAUCACACGAUCAUCAUGUACCUCGUUGGACCAGACGGAGAGUUCAUGGAGUAUUUUGGACAGAACAAAAGAAGCGCAGAGAUCUCCAGCUCGAUAGCAGCGCAUAUGAGGAAGUACAAGAAGGGGAAGUGAGCUGCAGCCUGCUAAAGCCCCCAACAGUCUGACACACUGUCCUCAGGUGUUUUGCAUAGCUUGGUCGACUUAAAUCUUCACUGCUAUGUUAUUUAUUUUGGAUACACUAUUAUAUAAAGUUAAUGUGUCUGCAGUAACAUUACUUUCAGUGGGUGGUGUGCAGAAGAAAAACAGGUCUGCAGCCUGGUGCUGUCACAAUGUUCUUCAUUAUGAUCCAUAACACACUACACUGCUGCUGCGUUCACCCAAUUUGGAAAAGACUGCAGGUGCUUCCUGCUUAAAAAAACUGUAUACAUGAGCUCCAGCUCCUCAGUAUCUCUGAUUUCUGAUGUAAAUAAGAAGAGAACACCUGAAAACAGAUAUAGGAAGUGAAAUGAAGGUUUGAUUUUGUGAUAAAAACCAAAAUACAACACAUUUUUUUGGAUUUGUUUUAUUUGUGCUUGACAGGCAAUAUAAGUAUAAACUAAAAUUUGUUUUCAUCAAGCCUACACACAGAAAGGAAAAUGUUGAUCAGGAC